AUCAAUAUCGCCUUCAGGCUAUUAUUAAUUCACUAGCACUCUCGCUGCUGCCCCGCACAGAAGAAAUCCUCUUGAAGAGAAACCAAAUCUGUCAAUGGCGACGAGCGAUCUCCAAAUCUGCGCGCCCCUGUUUGGAGGGACCCAAGAAGAGGUUUUCCAAUCCAUGCAUAUCGCAAAAGAGGAAGGCGCCACUCUCGCAGAGCUCAAAAUCGAUUCCUCGCAAAUCGCAAACGAGGUUGAAAGCAUCAUAAAACAGAGGAUUUUGCCGUUAAUCAUCACUUUCAGGCUGAAUCCAUCAGGUGGACCAUCUGAAAAGAAGAAAUGCUUCGAAGUUUUAGAACUGGCACUGGACUUAGGUGCUGAAUAUGUUGAUCUGGAUCUUGAGGUAGCUGCUGAGUUUAUACAGAGUGCACCUUCAAGAAAACGUUGCAGUAGCAAAGUAAUUGUGUCAUGCCAUGUGAGUGGUGGAACGCCUUCAAAAGAGGAGCUUGGAAAUCUUGUUGCACGAUUGCAAUCUACUGGAGCAGAUGUUGUGAAAGUUGUAACAGAUGCCACCAAUAUCACAGAUAUAGCAAGGAUUUUCCAUUUGCACUCGCAUUCCCAGCAGGUGCCGUUAAUUGCAUGUGCUACAGGGGAUAGGGGCCUUAUAAGCCAGCUCUUGUGUCCGAAAUUUGGCGGUUUUCUGGUAUAUGGAUCAACAGUAGGCAAUCUCAUACCUGGCGUGCCUCCUUUGGCUAGCCUUAGUCAAGUUUAUAAGCUUGAGAAUGUAAAUGCGGAUACGAAAGUUUUUGGGCUCAUUGCGAAUCCUGUAGGCCACAGCAAAGGUCCCAUUCUGCACAAUCCUUCUCUUAGACACGCGGGCUAUAAUGGAAUCUACGUCCCAUUGCUUGUUGAUGAUAUCAAUGAGUUCUUUAGAGUCUAUUCAUCCCCUGAUUUUGCAGGUUUCAGUGUUGGAAUUCCACACAAGGAAGCUGCUGUAGGAUGCUGCGAUGAAGUCCAUCCACUUGCUAAGUCCAUAGGAGCUGUAAAUACUAUUGUAAGGAGACCUAGUGAUGGGAGGCUGGUUGGUUAUAAUACAGAUUGUGAGGCUGCUAUCACUGCAAUGGAGGACGCAUUGAGAGCAAGGAAAGGCACUAGUGGAGAAGCAUCCAACAUUUCUCCACUUGCUGGGAAACUAUUUGUGCUGGUUGGAGCUGGAGGAGCGGGAAGAGCUCUGGCCUUUGGUGCCAAAAGUAGAGGAGCUCGGAUCGUCAUUUUCAAUCGCAACAAUGAGAGGGCAAAGGCUCUUGCACACGCAGUCGCAGGGGAAGCUAGACCAUAUGAAGAAAAAGACAGUUUCUGUCCAGAGAAAGGAAUGAUCCUCGCAAAUGCCACUGCUGUAGGAAUGCAACCCAAUUCUGGUCAAACACCUGUUGCCAAGGAGGCAUUGGGAGCAUAUGACCUCGUCUUUGAUUCGGUUUACACGCCUAGAAAUACUCGUCUCCUGAAAGAAGCGGAGGAAGCCGGAGCUAUUGCAGUGAGUGGUGUCGAGAUGUUCAUCAGGCAAGCCAUUGGCCAGUUCAAUCUCUUCACUGGUGGAGAAGCGCCUGAAGAGUUCAUGCGCAAGAUCGUUCUGACCAAGUUCUGAUACAUCAUCUAUAUACAUUGUGAAAGCACGUUUGGUCAUGAAUGAAUUUCAUGGUUUCGUAUACUGGCAUGCUUCGAUGAGGGCAGAGGCCUCUGUAUUUGUUUUUUUCUUGUGUUUGAUUCGAUUGAAAGUUUUUGUAUUCGGCCUAACGGAUGACUCCCAUCAAUAACAUGGUUUUGUUUGGAAUAAAAUCAAUGAAAGAGACUCUUAAGGUUUUUUCUACA